GGUAGUAAAGCAAACAGAAGUUAUAAAACAGACUAGAAAAUAUACAGUUUGCCAUGCGAUAGUCAAAGAUAUAGUACCAGGCAUAGUACAUUGAGUGCAUUAUGAUCAGCAUGGGGAUGCGUUAGUACCGUCUUGUGCUUCCGAUCGUAUAACGUGUAAUAAAUUUUAACAGUUUGCAGGUACCCGCUCAACUUGCCAGCAGGUCACUCGAUAUUGCACUUGAAAUGUUCUUGACUUCUUCUUUAACUUCUCGAGCGUCUGGAAAUUUUCCUAUCAUUUCUGUGGAUUUUUUUUAAAGUGGUAAUCAUUUCUUGGAAAAGUGUCUCGAUCGAGGAAAAGGAAAUGUGUUCGUGUCCUCUCUAGAAUCCGAAACACCCCGGCGAAACACCUUGCUCGAAGAACCGAGCAGGGUGCCCCACUUUUAGAAAGACCUCGUAAAAGAAGAUUAUAUUUGCACAUUUUAUAACUUCGACUUGCAGGAUACAAAUCUGAUCCCGGUGAAUGUAUUUGAGCCGUGAACGAUUGUGGAAAGAGCGAUAUAUACCACGAAAUUUCGGUCUUCUUGAUGAUCAACGUCAACUUGCUUAUCUUGCUUGUAUGUUUCAAAUAUUCUGGAUUCGAAUUCGUUCCGUAUCAAACUGACGUUUUACAAGAAAAGAAAUUCCAUUCUUAAAGCUUCUCAUUAAUAACGGAAGAACAACAAGAAGGGACACGCUCUGACUUCUACCUCCUUUAUUAUCCGAGCUUCAAGAUCCGGAGUAGAUAUGGAAGGGGGCGCCGAGGAAAAGUCAUGUGAUACGCCCCACCAAAAUGGGGGUAGCUCGGAUGCCGAACAGAAGGACAGUAAAUUAGACUCAUCGUUAGAAUUAAAGGAAGUGAAGGUGAUGGAGAAAACAGAUGACAGUGAACCAAUCCUAGUAGAUGACGAGGAACCACCGAACUACAACUCAAUUAUACCCAAUGAAGAAACAACACCGGAAACAUCCGAAGAUGGCUCCAGACAAAUCACGAACAAUUUCGAAAAUGUUCGAAAGACUCUCCUGGGUUUUGUGAUAGUCGUGGGCAUAGCGGUUUCGUGGGUCGGUUCGACUCAAUUUUCACAGAGUACAUACUCGGAAACCUUCAAUGCGCCUUACUUCAACGUUUGGUUUGGGACUUUGUGGAUGUUCAUCUGCUAUCCGUUUUAUGUGGCCGGUUCGUGGAUAUUCAAGAAGGAGAGUCGCAGUUAUUCAGGAACCGUCGAUUUAUACAAGCAUUCCGAACGAGUAUUCGGGCGGAAGGGGCUUACCAUAAAAAACUACUUCCGAUUGGUCGCUCCCUUCGCGCUGUGCUGGAUGGUGACCAAUUAUAUGUACGUUUACGCGCUUGGUAGGAUUGCUGCAGCUGACGUCACGGCAUUGUUCUCCAGUAAUACCGCCUUCAUAUACAUAUUUUCGUGGAUUUGGCUUCACGAACGAAUUGUACUUCUUCCUGCGAGGGGCCUAUCUGUGAUCCUAUCUAUCGCUGGUAUAGUACUUAUAUCAUACGCAGAUGGUUUUCAAGGAACUACUGCUAUCGGUAUCGCUCUCUCAAUCGGUUCAGCUAUUGGAUCGGCUAUUUAUAAGGUAUUAUUCAAGCGGUACAUCGGGGAUGCGACGUCUGGACAGGUAAGCUUGUUUCUGUCGCUGCUGGCGCUCUUUGAUUUGGUCUUCCUGUGGCCUGUACUACUCACCGUGUAUUACACAGGUUUUGAGCAGUGGGAUUGGAACAACAUGCCGUGGAACUAUCUUUGUGGUAGCUCAGCUCUAUCAGUAGUUUUUAACUUCCUGAUUAACUUCGGUAUCGCGGUCACGUUCCCACUCUUCAUUGCUCUCGGUACCGUGGUUGGUAUCCCUCUGAAUGCAGUGGUCGAUCUCAUUUUCCGAGGGAGGGGAUUCGGUUCUUGGAAGAUCGGAGGCACGAUUCUCAUCGUUUUUGGAUUCCUCAUUAUGCUGAUGCCCGAAAGAUGGCAGGAGAAAGCAUACUGCUGUAAAUCCCGUAGAUCGGUAACGCUGAAUGGGACUGAGGAAGCAGCGAAUGGAGGUAUCGAUAACCCGACGGUAGAGAGUGAAGCAUCCAAAAAAGAAAACAUGAAUGGAACAGUUUGAUGGGUUUUUUUUAAUGAUAACUGGUUUUAUAUUAUGCAUCAUUAGUCAUUUUGGGACCACAAAAAUCUGUUCUACUUAAACUAAAUAAAACCCCUGAAGAAAGUUAAGGUCGUGCGGGAGCAGAUUUUUUUUAAUAAAGAAUUUUGAAAAAGCAGAACAAGGGGACUAACGAGGCUUUGAGUAAAAUAUGACAGACAAUUCGAAAGUUAUGGACAUUUGAAUGUUGAGAUCAUUAAUGGAAUGGGGAUCAUCCUGCUGGCCAUAUACAAACAAAAUCUGCGAUGCCAGUCACAGCACACAUGCAGACCCCCUCUGGACACUGAAAAUGUAACCAAAAACUCAUUUCAUCGCAUUCUUGAUAGCAAUUUAUGAAGAAUAUAAUGUUGUGAAACCUUUGUUACACGUCCUCUCAUACACAAGAACACCUAACCUUGCGAUAGAAUAGAAAGCGGAGAAAAUUUAAGUGAAAUAAUGGGAAAGUCUGAGGUGUGAGACAUCACAAAUUUGCUUAUGAGACGAUCUACAUACUGUAUCAUUUAGUGAUUUAAAUUUUCAAAUGCUGAAAAAUGCAAUUUUCUUAUAAUUCGUCCAACCUUCGUCAAACUUUCAUUGAUCCGUUUGCUUGUUUUAUAUCUUUUAUCUAUAUCUUGUAUGAAUUAUUUUUGAAGUGUUUCAUUCUACUUUCAGAGAGGCUUAAUAAAGUCAAACCAAAUUGCUUCGAUUUUAGAUCCUGCUUGUGAUAAAUUUACAUGUAUAUUAAACCCUUCGUGUUUGUAUCCGCCCAACGAUUAACUGUUAUAACAGAUCUACCACAUGGGCAAUGAUGUGUCUGAAUAUGACGUCAUUAGGUUGAUUACUAUUGUACUGUACUAAUAUUCAUAUACUGACAACAGAUAUUGUUAAUUUCGAAUCGCGGAGAGUGCCUCAAUUCGGUAGGUAUUAUUUUCGCAUUGGAAAAAUUCAUUUUUUUCUUAUUUUCUAUUUCUAUUCUAUUAUAAUAUUUGGUCGUCGUUAAUUUUUCCUGGUUGGGGAAGCGAUUUUUUAAUCUAGGAAAAGGGCAAUUUUGGUCAAAAGGCCAUUUAUUUCUUUCAUUAUGAUAUGCAGAUUUCAAAGUAAGAUAUUACGUAAGCAUGCCUUACAUAGCAGGAUAAAGAAAUUGAAUUGACCAGGUAGCUAAAAUAGCACACCAGUGAACACUCUAGGAAGGUAUUUGUUGCAUUUCUAUAUCGAAUGCAUUAACAGUUGUUAAAACAAUGUACUUUGCCAACCGUGAAGUACCAGUCGCUAGUGGUGGUUCUUUUUGAUGUUUUUCGUGGAUGUAAUGAAAAACACAAUUCAAAAGGUUACAUAAAUAAUCAAUACAUCAAAGUUGGACCUUAUCUCAUUAAGUAUUAAACCACUGUGUCACUUUAAAACCAAUGACCUUCUUAUCAUGCGCAGAAUGGAACUACGAACUGACCUAUUGGGUUUAAUAUACGGUACAUACUAAAUAAUGACAUAAUACCCUAACAAUGUUGGUGUACUAAUAGCAUCGAAGCUUCUUACCGCAUUAGGUUGAUGAAUAUUUUGUUUUAUUUUCACCGUUGUAUAACAAAAUGUGAAUUAAUAGAAUAUAGUGUUACAUUAAUAAUAACGAUACAUAUAGGAACUAAGCAUAAACAAAAUAUGUGUCGAGCGUACCUUAAAUAUCAUAGCAUGGUUCAGAUAAAAAUCAUUCAUAAAACAAAACAAAAACUGAUAGCAUAUUAACAUAAUUAUAUACAUCACAGCAAGAAAGUUAACUACCGAACAAGUCUAAGCAAGUACCACUAAUCCGACAAUGGUAAAGUUUGUUUAAAAGUAUAUUUACGAUAAAUAACAUUCAGUAGAAUGAAAUUCCUGAAUCCGUAUUGGUCGUUAUUGAGUAAAUUGUAGCGAGUUAUUAAUUUGUCUAAUCUUUUGUAAACCACUCUUUAUAAUAUUUUCAAAAACAUGAGCUUAUUGAAUAGGCUGAUAAUUGGAAAAUAAUUUAAUACCAUCUUUUUAUAAAAUAGGUAUAACUUUGGAAAUUUUCAUCACUGUGAGACAAUGGUAGGUUGAAAACCUAAACGAGUAAUGAUUAAGCUUCCUAUUAUACCCUUUAACAAACAUGUGUUCAUUUUGUCAUUUCACUUUAUCAUGCUUAUUAACUUGAAAAUAUUAAAUAGUUAUAUUGUAUUGGAGGGCUCAGAAUGAAUUACAAGGAAUAUUCCAAGAGUUCGGGAAAAUAUUCUAACGAAUCGCAGAUGAUUGGAAUAUUGGCCCUAGGUAUAUUUCUGGUAUUUCAUGAAAUAACGCCAUCCAGUAUAGUUAUUCGAUGAUGAUAUAUUAUUGGAUGAUAAUAUAAUCAUUGGAUGGUAAUAUAAUCAUUCGAUGAUAAUAUGAUUAUUGGAUGCUAGUAUGAUUAUUGGUUGAUAAUAUAAUUAUUGGAUAAUAAUUAUCCAAUAAUUAUUGGAUGAUAAUAAUGAAUCUGGAAUAUAAGUGAAAACUUAUAUCCUUGGUAACAAUGAUUAUAGCCUAAGAUGUACAUUUGCCUUUGAUUUGCCGUAAAGUUCAAUCAAACUGAAAUGAAAUGGUGGUUUUAUUUGAUUGGCAAAUAAAACCAACCU